AUGACAUCCACAACUGAAUCAUCUACCAGUGUCGGGGAUCCUGUUCAGCAACCCAGUCUGAUCCCCGAAAACCAGGAACAACCCCCAAGUUCAGCCUCGCUGUAUGUGGGAGAACUGGAUCCGUCCGUCACUGAGGCCAUGCUGUUUGAGAUGUUCAACAGCCUCGGUCGAGUGGCGACGAUCCGGGUCUGUCGAGAUGCUGUUACCCGUCGCAGUUUAGGAUAUGCCUAUGUUAAUUUCCAGAACCUGGCCGAUGCCGAACAUGCCAUCGAGGCUCUCAACUACAGCCUCGUCAAGGGUCGUCCUUGUCGUAUCAUGUGGUCCCAGCGUGACCCUGCUCUCCGCAAGACGGGCAGUGGCAAUAUCUUUAUCAAGAACCUCGACCCAACCAUAGAUAACAAGGCUCUUCACGAUACAUUCUCUGCCUUUGGCAACAUUCUGUCUUGCAAAAUCGCCACUGAUGAGUCAGGAAACUCAAAGGGCUAUGGCUUUGUACACUAUGAAACCGAAGAGGCCGCUGACAAUGCUAUCAAGCAUGUCAAUGGUAUGUUGUUGAACGACCAAAAAGUAUUCGUUGGGCGUCAUAUAUCACGUAAGGAGCGUCAGUCAAAAAUGGAGGAAAUCCGGUCUCAGUUUACAAACAUCUAUGUCAAGAACCUCGCCAGCGAUGUUACUGACGAAGAACUUAAUGCGCUUUUUAAUCAAUUUGGCAAUGUCACCUCGGCAAUUGUCUCAAGAGACGAUUCUGGACAAUCGCGUAAUUUUGGCUUUGUGAAUUUUGAAAAACAUGAUGAUGCUAGCACUGCUGUAGAUACACUCAACGAGACCGAGUUCCAUGGACAACAACUCUAUGUCUCCAGAGCCCAAAAGAAGACCGAACGUGAAGAAGAGCUCAGGCGUCAAUACGAGCAGGCUAAGCUCGAGAAGCUCGCAAAAUACCAAGGGGUUAACUUGUAUGUCAAGAAUCUUGAUGACGAAGUUGACGACAGUCGUCUUCAACAAGACUUUUCUACCUACGGUAUGAUUACCAGUGCCAAGGUUAUGCGAGACGAAAAGACUGGCAUCAGUCGUGGGUUUGGUUUCGUGUGCUUUUCAUCGCCUGAUGAAGCUACCAAGGCUGUUACCGAGAUGAACGGUCGAAUGAUGGGCUCAAAGCCAAUCUAUGUUGCACUUGCCCAGCGUAAAGAAGUCAGAAGAUCGCAACUGGAAGUAGAGAUUGCACAGAGACAACAGAUGCAGAUGGGUGGUCCAAACUACAUGCCAGGAGCCCCAAUGUUCUAUGGUCCAGUCAAUCCUUACAUGCACCAAGUCCAGAGACCAGUUUUCCCACAAGGAGGACCGAUGAUGGGCCCUCGCCGCAGAUGGGGUGAACAAGGAGGAAAUCCUAACAAUGGAGGACACCCUAUGCCUCAAGGAUAUAUGCCCUCUCAUCCCAACGCACGUCCUUCGCGCCCUCCUCGCCCUCCUCGCGAGCCUCGUCAACAUCAACACCAAGCACCCCACGAGAGCUACCAAAGAAAUCAGGAAGUAACUUCUGAGAAGACUGCAACAAGUUCUCCUCCUCCUCCUGUUACUGGUUCUGGUUCCGGACCUGCUAAUGCUCCUCCCAGUAGAGAUAAUCGUGUAUUGACAGCCGAAGCAUUGGCGGCCGUACCUCCUAAUGUGCAGAAACAAAUGUUGGGCGAACGCCUGUAUCCUUUCAUCCAUCAACAGGAACCAGAGUACUCUGGUAAAAUCACAGGAAUGCUUUUGGAAAUGAAUAACGCCGAAUUAUUGGUUAUGCUGCAAGACAAACAAGCCUUGACAUCAAAGAUCAAUGAGGCUUUAGCAGUUCUCCGUCAACAUUUUGCAGCCCAGGAAGCUCAAUAAUUGUAGAAUGAACGAUUGAGAAAAAAAGGC